CCUCUCUGCAAAGGCUUGCAGCUUUGCAAUGUAGCUCUGCUGGUGCAAGCCCUUGCCCUUCCUCCUUGCUCCUUUGCCAAAGUCUGCCCAGGGUCCCCACCGUGAUGGAGCCGGUGAGCAUUGACAACCUGUCUAUUCUGUACCAAAGCACGGACUUCAUUGUGGUCAACAAACACUGGGACGUUCGAAUCGACAGCAAGAUGUGGUAUGAAAAACUGACCCUGCAAAGCCAACUGAAGUACCGGUUCCCUGAACUCGCUGACCCAGACACGUACUAUGGCUUUCGGUUUUGCCACCAGUUGGAUUUUUCCACCAGUGGAGCCCUGUGUGUGGCUCUCAACAAAGCGGCUGCUGGCAGCGCAUACAAGUGUUUCAAGGAGCGGAUGGUGACCAAAGCCUACCUUGCACUGGUGAGGGGCCAAGUUCAAGAGGCAAAUAUGACAAUCUGCUAUGCCAUUGGGAAGAACACGACAGAGGGCCUGACACACAUGAUGUGCAUUGAAGGGACAGAAGGUUGCGAAAACCCCAAACCUUGCCAGUCAGAGCUAAUGGUACUGGAGCAUGGGCUAUAUAGUGGCGACCCGGUGACAAAAGUUCUUCUGCAGCCACUUACAGGAAGAACCCACCAGCUCCGUGUCCACUGCAGUGCCAUUGGGCACCCCAUUGUGGGUGACUUUACCUACAGCUUCAAGAAAGACAGCAGCCCUUACCGGAUGAUGCUUCACGCCUACUACUUGCGGAUCCCAACCAGCAGAGAGCUGAUCGAGGUGAGCGCGCCGGAUCCCUUCGUCACCACCUUGGACAGCAACUGGGUGCCACAGCAGACCAUGCGCCAACUGGAUGAGCUGAUCCAAGAUUUGAAAUUGAAGAGCAUCCGGACAGCAGAGAAGGGGCAGCAGGAAGAUGCCCUCAGUAGCCCAGAUCCUGAAAUCCCGCAGGAGACCAAAAGCCCAGAGAUGGAGGAGCGAGAAACCAAGUGCGAGGAGUGGUUGGCAGAGUGGGCAUUGGAUUAGUGACUGUGAAAACCAACCGACCUUCUGCCCAUUUUGACCACCUGGCAGACUCCUCUCUCAAAAGUGUUCAAACCUGUCUUACCUUGGCUCUCGUCAUUCCUCAGAAACAUCUCUCCGAGGCUGAGAUUUGACUACCUAGGCCAGACAGUUUUUAAUGUUGUGUCUUCACCCUGGCAUGUUUUAGUCACAUAAAGUCCCAUGCCAUGAGUAGAAUCAUAGAAUCAUAGAGUUGGAAGAGACUGCAAGGGCCAUCCAGUCCAACCCCCUGCCAUGCAGUAGUUGGCACAAAGACGUUGGAUUGACAGACCUGGGCGCUAUCUGCACUGACAUCAAGACAAUCUUUGGAGAAAUUGGAAGGAAAAUGGCAGCCUGGAGUGAUCUGCUGAAUCUUUUUCCUAUUCAUUCCUGGGCUACAUUUUCCUGUUUGGAAGUUAGAAAAGUCUACAAAGGCUGCAUCCAUACUGCAGAAAGAACCCAGUUGGACACCACUUCUAACUGCCAUGGCUCAGUGCUGUGGGAUUCUGAGCAUUUUGAGAGAUGUUUGGCCUUCUGGGUCAGAGAGCUCUGGUGCCUCAACAAAUUGAAUCCCAGGAUUCCAUAGCAUUGAGCCACAGUAGUUAAAGUGAUGUCAGCCUGGAUUAUUUCUGGAGUGCAGAUGCAGUCUGUGAGUUGUGUGAAAGAUGUGUAAGAGACAAAGGUCACUGAAGCAGAGGAGAAAUGAAAGAAAGAUCUAUUUUAUUUUAUUUUCAUGGUCUUUCCCUGGUCCUUUCCCUGACUAACCUUGGCCUUCACUUGCCUUUUGAAAACACUUGCCAAUUUUAAAUCUAUUUUAAAUCUGUUUUUUUUUCACCUUAAAGGGAAGUUUGAAAAGCCCAGCUUUUAUCAGUCCUGCAACAGCAUCUGCUGCAGAUAUUGUUGAUCAUAUUGAGAUUGUUUUUAUUAUUAGUGCAUUUUUAUUGCAGUUCCCCAACAUGCAUGGUUCAAAAAUAUCAUCUUCAGAAACUAAUAUCUGUUCAUAUCAUUUUAAAAUGAUGUGGGGAUGCUGUGAUUCUCCCAAUGGUCUUGGGACUCCAACUCCCAUCACUCUCAGCAGACAUGAACUAUAGCAGUGGCUCCCAAACUGUGGUCCUCCAGAUAUUUUGGACUUCAGCUCCCAAGAUUCCUGAGUUAGCCAAGCUGGCUGUGGCAUCUGGGAGCUGAAGUCCAAAAUACCAGGAGGACCAAUACCUUGGGAACCACUGCCCUAUAGUAAUAGAUGAUGGAAGUUGGAGUCUAAACCCCUGGAAAGCCACAGGUUUCUCAUGCCUGUUUCUAAACUGACAUGUGCCAAACCAAAUGUUAAGGCAAUCUCCUAUUGUUCUGCUGCAUUAAUUUUAGUUUUGUGUUCUUUGGUUCCUAGAGAUCCAUAAGAGGUCACAAGACGUAUAAUUUCCCAUUUUGGCAUAGAAAACAUUAUAUAUUUUGGCAUCAAAACCAUGGUGCCCCUUUUAGGCUUCAUCUAUUUAUUUUUAAGUAAGAAGCCAUGGCGGCCGUUGACUUCCACGACAGCGAGGUGAUCGGCUUUGAGUUUUAGCCUGAAAUGUAAUGGAGCUAUCUAAAAGUGCUGAACUGUAUUGCUAGGAUGGGUUUUGUACCUUUAACAUUUGGACUAAAACUCAGAACGGAUUCACCAUCCCACUGAAACUGGAACUACCAGCUGCCCUGACAAUAAGUAUAUCUAGUCCUCAUGGUUCAAAGAGGGGAUUGAAAUGUGCCUUAAAGGAGGUUCUGGGACUUGCACAUGGGACUCCUGCCUUGCAUGCAGAUCCUGUCCCCUUGCUUCUGCAUGUCUCUUUCUAGUCCUCACCAUACCCCUACCCUUGUGGAAACCUCCUGAGUCUUUGCAAAAAAAAAUAAUUGCACCGAGGUGUAGAGUAGGCCAUGAGUACUUUUGCAAACAUGUCUUGCACGUAGCCUUCGUGUCGAUCACAAAACUUGCAGGUUGCAUUUUGUCCGUAUUUUCAAAGCAGACCCCGUGCCUAAACUGCACACUACCUUUAUAGUUGAUGUUGGAGGACUGAAUGCCUCUUGCCACUAAGGGGUGCUCUUCACAUUGGAAGUGGGCCCUAUGUGAACACUGCCUUGUUGGAACGUCAAAAUAAUUGUGUCUUUAAAGGUGUGCAAAGGAAGACCCAGUUUUCUUUUUUCAUGUGUUUUGCAAAAACAAAGUUGGGUAUCCUUUGUUUGAAAUGCUCGGGACCAGAAGUGUUUUGGAUUUUGAAUUUCUUUUCCAAAUUUUGGAAUACAGUCAGCCCUCCAUGUUUGCAACUUUGAGUAUUUGUGGAUUUGAUUAUUCAUGGAUGUGAUUAAUAUGUCUUCUCCAGGAAUCUUUGGGUCUUCCAGCAUGGCUCUAUGGCCAAAGGUUGCACUGGAGGACCUAGAUAUUCCUAGAGAGAGCACUUACACUGGAGGAUAUUUUUUUUAAAGUAUUGGAAUAUUUGUAUAUACAUACUGAGAUAUCUUAGAAAUGGGAUCCGAGUCUAAACAUGAAAUUAAUUUAUCAUUCAUAUACAGCUUAUACAUAAAGCCUGAAGGUAAUUUUAAUACACAAUA